CAAGCGCAAAGAUUUUGGGAAUAUGUGUCAGAGAUGCCUGUCAGUAACAUAUCCGUCUUGCCCUAAUUUCUGCAUGGAGUGCUGCAAUGUCGAGUGAAAUAACCUUCCAAGCUGGCUCUGGUGCAGAGGAAGUAAUACGGAAUAAGAAAACUCUCAUCAUCUGUGCAUCAGGGAGAGAAUUACUGACUGAGUGCUGAGCAGUCAAGUUAUUGAUUCAAACCAAAGCCCAGUCUCUCUGUCUGCUGGGCUGGUUACAUCCUGCUGGUUCAUUGCAUUUAAUCGGAUUCUCUGAGCUGCCACGCAGAGGGGGCGAGUUAGAACCAGAUCCAUCUAUGAUGUUUGCUUCAAAAUCCAGUGCUGUGUCCCCUUCUCCGUCCAUGGAACAGGCAGAUUCGGAUGCUCUGGACAUCAGCACCAAAGUGCAGCUGUACGGUGUGCUCUGGAAGAGACCCUUUGGGAGGCAGUCAGCCAAAUGGUCCAGGAGGUUCUUCAUCAUUAAGGAAAGCUUCCUCCUGUACUAUGCUGAGAGUGAGAAGAAGAGUUUUGAAAGCAAUAAAUACUUCAAUAUUCAUCCCAAGGGUGUCAUACCCUUGGGAGGCUGCAUUGUGGAGCCCAAAGAAGAGGCCAACAUGCCUUAUGCCAUAAAGAUCUCUCAUGAAGACUUCCAUGGUAACAUUGUUCUAGCAGCCGAAUCAGAGUUUGAGCAGGCUCAGUGGCUGGAGAUGCUACAGGAGUCUGGAAAAGUGACUUGGAAAAAUGCCCAGCUGGGAGAAGCCAUGAUUGAGAGCCUGGAAGCUCAAGGACUGCAGCUGGCCAAGGAGAAACAGGAAUAUUUAGAUAAAUUAAUGGAGGAAACAGAAGAGCUGUGUCUGCAGAGGGAGCAAAAAGAGGAGCUUGAGCGCCUGAACCAGAUGCUGGAGGCGGAGAAGCAGCGCUUUGAGGAGGUGGUGCGGGAGCUGCGGCUGGAGCAGGAGGAGAUCAGGAGGGAGCUGGAGCUCACAGCCCGCUCCCUCAAAGGAGUGGAGGAAGAGAAGAAAGAGUUGCGAAGCCUGACACAGUCCUUACAGAACACCCUAGAGGAGCUCUCCCUGGAAAAACAACAAAUGCUGGAGAUGCUGGAAGAAAAUGAGAGCCAGGUCCCACCUCCAACCAGCCCCAGCAAGGAGCAAAGCCCCAUGUGGGGACUGCACUGCAGCCUGCGACAGAUUGAAGAGAAGAUGCAGCAACUUCUGCAGGAGAAACUCCUGGCAGAGAAAAGGAUGAAGGAGAAUGAGGAGCGGUCUCGAGCGCUGGAGGAGGAGCGGGAGUUUUACUCUUCCCAGUCGCAGGCGCUGCAGAACUCGCUCUCGGAGCUGACUGCAGAGAAACAGCAGGCAGAGAGAGACCUCAAGGCUGAAGUGAAGGUACGCAUGGAUCUGGAGAGGAGACUGAGAGAAGCUGAGGAAGCGUUGCAGAGCUUGGAGCAAGGCUUAAAUUCUCUGAAUUGCAACAAGGAGAAAGAGAGGAAGAUGAAAGCAGAUGUCAGUAACUUGAGAAAGUUCUUUGAGGAGUGCAUCCGCAACGCCGAGCUGGAGGCCAAGAUGCCAGUGAUCAUGAAGAACUCCGUGUACAUCCACAAGGCUGCCACCCGCCGCAUCAAGAGCUGCCGCUUCCGCUGCCGCAGAGCCAGCGCUGCGUGGGGUGACAUGAAACAGUCCCAGUCCUUCAUCUUCUCGCACGCAGAAGCUGAAAACAUCGAAGAGCUGAAAGAAGCAGCCAAAAGACUGAGCCGGGACCAGCGCUUUAGGAAAACUAUCUAUCAAAUCAUGAGGAGACGGCUCGCUGCACACCCUCAGUCCAUCAGCACUUCAGUGGGGCACAUUGCCUGAAGACUGCAGCAGUUCCAGCCUCCCAAGCACAGGCAAAUGUAGCAAACACAGGGCCAGACUUUUUUGUCUUGAUGCUACAUCAUUUCAAGCAAACAGCAACUAUACGAGGUGAAGACAACAGGAGGAUGCUGUGGAUUUGGGUCCAAGGAGGAUCAUGUACAGAGAAGAGCUUAUAGGUAACUCAGUGGCAUCAAUGCAAGCUGGAGGGAGGGUUCUGUUGUGUUGACAGUGGCUAGAAUAUUCCAGGGCCACCUUUGCACAUUUUUUGCAAUGGGACAUCUGGCUAUGUCAGAACAGGGGGAUAUGUGCUAGGGAAGGUGCUAGCUAUUGGCCAUCUAUUCCUCAGUGUGAAGAAGCCUUUGACUCAGUUUUGAUGGCUUCCUCAGCACCUCUGUAAAAUGAGUUGGAGGGCAGGAGGAUGAGGACUGUCCAGCAACAAAGCCCACUACUACUUCAGGCAAGCUGUCAGGGCUGUGGAAGAGGAGUACAGGAGAGGAGUUUUGUUAUGGAACCCCCUGCAGCCUCUCCCACCUAUUUUAAGCAAGCAAUUGGUUUAUAAUUACCCAUGCUGUAAAACAGCACUGCCUGGUGCUCACAGAGCACAGGAUAAGCACACUUGAGUGACACCCAGUUUUCUCCUCUGUAUUAAUUGGGAAAUAAAGAAAUAGACAAUACAAAGGUGAAUAAAGUUAGCAUCAGAAAUAUAGUUAGGGUUUAGGGGGUGGUGCAGAUUUACUGUACCUUUCAUGGCAUCAGGACCCCUGGGUAUUAUGGAUGUCCAGUGACCCACAGGUAGUUGUUUGCUACUGUCCCAUUCAGACUGGCAGUGUCCACUCACAGCCUUUGGCUUCUGGCCACCUACAUAAUUCCCUACCAAUUUAGUGUUGUUCCUAGGGAGAAGUCAGGGAUGAGGCUGGGAAGCAAGCCUUGGCUUACCAGCCAGAGGAGAGGGGUUAAUGGGUGGAGGAGCAUCCUGUGAUUGUGUGAUGCUCUUGGAUAGAAUCACUCUAAUGUGACCAGAGGAAAAGCUUUGGAAGCACAGCCUGUACUUUCCAUUUCAGCCAGUUACUGACUAGUAUCCUUCUGCCAGCCAUUGGAAGGUUUCAUCUAAUCGGAGGAUCCAGCUCUGAAGGACGAUGUUUUUGUGAUAAGUGAUAUGGUAGGAGAAGAUUGUUUCCAUCCUUCCUUAGCGUACCCGAUCCUUCUGUGGUUUAUCUGCUUGUGUUUAUGUGCUAGAAAGCCACAAAUGAAUUCUUGCUCCUACAAGGCUGAAGGGCUGUGAUAAAGCAAUACAGAAAUGGUUUUUCCUCUUUGC